AUGAGUAUAGAUAAAGACAUUGCAACGAGGUUUCCUGUCUGGCAUCAGUUGACAACCCAUGUGGCCGAGGCGGAAUUGGCUAGCCUUCACCAUGCCUUUUCCAAGCCUGAUGAUGUGACUGUCAACGAAACACUCCAAGCUACCGUCAUGGAGACUAGACAGUCAGGUGUGCAGCAACUACAACUACAACUACGACACACUUCGGUUGCCAUAUUGACAGUCUGGCUCACUCUUUGUGGAGGAUGGGAUGACCCACGGCGCCGUAUUCGUGACGUUUUCGAAGCUGGGUACCGCUCUGACGAUCACUCCUACCUCGUGCCCUGA